AAAGCUGUGACAGGUUGGGAGGUUUCGUGUUUGUGUAUUUUGGGUUAGUGUUCGCACUUUGACAAGUUAUGCGGAACUGGCCGCCCGCUCGGCGUGUUGUUGCUGGAGCUUCCUAUUACCCGAAGAGCUCAGAAACAGGUUUUCAGGCUGACUGCUCGCUGGUCCAGAGCUGCGACAGCUGACUUUGCACUGGAGCCAAGACGACGUGACUUUAUUCAAACUCCGUUUUCUACUCUAGAAUAGACAGUUUUUCUAAAAUUAAUAUUUAAUUUUCUUUUUUUACGUUUUUUCUUUACAACUUAUUUGUGUUUUUGCUUCUUUAUGCGCGCGCGCGCGCUUUGUCGAGAUGAAGUUUAACGGGUACCUGAAGCUGCGCAUUGGUGAGGCUUUGGACCUCAAGCCCACCACCGCCUCCACGCGCCACUCCGUCAUCUUCAACAAGGCCCCUCUGGCGCUGGACCCCUACAUGGUGGUGAAGGUGGACGAAUACAAAAUCGGACAAACUCACACCAAGCAGAAGACCAACCAGCCGACCUACAACGAGGAGUUCUGCAUGAACGUGAACGACGGCAAGCAGAUCGAACUGGCGGUCUUCCACGACACCCCGCUCGGAUACGAUGACUUUGUGGCCAACUGCAUCAUCCAGUUCGAAGACCUCAUCAAGACCAUCAACACGGGGGAGAACUUUGAGGAAUGGAUGGACUUGGAACCAGAGGGCAAAGUCUAUGUCACAAUUACACUCAAUGGAUCCUUCACUGAUGAUGAUGCCGUGACGACGGUAAAGACUCCGAAGCAGUUUACAAGAGCACGGCAGGGAGCCGUGAGGCGCAGGAUCCACCAGGUCAACGGGCACAAGUUCAUGUCCACGUUCCUCCGUCAGCCCACGUUCUGUUUUCACUGCAAGGAGUUCAUCUGGGGAGUUUUUGGAAAGCAGGGUUACCAGUGUCAAAUCUGCACAUGUGUAGUUCAUAAACGGUGCCACCAGCUGGUGGUUACCGUGUGUCCACGCAUGAAGAAAACUGCGAAAGAUCAGCCCAUAAAUCAAGGAUUCAGCAUUAACGUCCCCCAUAAGUUCAACCAUCACAACUACAAAUCGCCCACCUUCUGUGACCACUGUGGCUCCCUUCUGUGGGGAAUUGUUAGACAAGGGCUACACUGUAAAAUCUGCAAAAUGAACGUUCACAUCCGCUGUCAGGGCAAUGUUGCUCCAAACUGUGGCGUGAACAGCGUGGAGCUGGCCAACACGCUCGCAGAGAUGGGUCUGCAAGCAGGAGGACUCUCCAAGAGAAACACAAUAGUCAAAAAUGCAACCAACAGUCAAUCAGAAAAGCAAAGGGUAUCGUCUGAGAGGAGGGAGAGUACGACAAGUACAGAAAGCAGACAACAGAUGCCUCGUCUGGGAAUUUCAAAUUUCACUUUCCUUCAAGUGCUUGGCAAGGGGAGCUUUGGAAAGGUCAUGCUUGCAAAACUUAAUGGCAAAGAGCGCGUUUUUGCUGUGAAAGUGUUGAAGAAGGACAUCAUCUUACAGGAUGAUGACGUUGAGUGUACCAUGACAGAAAAGCGGGUGUUGUCCUUGGCCCGCUGUCACCCCUACCUCACAGAGCUCUACUGCUGCUUUCAAACACCGGACCGUCUCUUCUUUGUGAUGGAGUUUGUCAAUGGCGGGGAUCUCAUGUUUCAUAUCCAGAAGUCCAGGAAGUUUGAUGAGCCCAGAGCUCGGUUCUACACUGCUGAGAUCACGUCUGCUCUCAUGUUCCUGCACAGCAAAGGCAUCAUCUACAGGGAUCUAAAACUGGACAAUGUUCUUCUUGACCAAGACGGUCACUGUAAACUGGCAGAUUUUGGGAUGUGCAAAGAAAACAUAUUUGAAGGUGCGGCCACAGGGACCUUCUGUGGAACCCCAGAUUACAUUGCUCCUGAGAUUCUGCAAGAAAUGAUGUACGGCGCCUCUGUGGAUUGGUGGGCCCUGGGGGUGCUGCUGUACGAGAUGCUGUCAGGACACGCCCCCUUCGAGGCAGAAAACGAAGACGACCUGUUCGAAUCCAUCCUCAAUGAAGAGAUUGUUUAUGCAUCCUGGCUCAGCACAGAGGCUGUGGACAUCCUCAAAGCUUUGCUGACCAAAAACCCAGCGCGGCGCCUGGGCUGUGUGGCUGCGGAGGGCGGCGAAUGUGCCGUGACCAGCCACGUCUUCUUCACUGGCAUCGACUGGGAAAAACUAAAUAAUAGAGAAAUGGAGCCGCCGUUCAAGCCAAGAAUUAAAACCCCAGAGGACGUGAACAACUUUGACCCAGACUUCACCCACGAAGAGCCCACUCUCACACCCAUCGAUGGUCCAGUAAUACCUUCUGUCAACCAGGAGGAGUUUAGAAACUUUUCCUUCACCUCACCUGAACUACUUGAGAUUUAGUUUCCCAUUUUUGGCAUCUUGCUGCUUUUCCUGCCUGGACAGUUUUCUGCAGUUUGUUUAAACACCACUUAGCAAGAAAGCAGGACUCUUCAUCAACUCAAAUGAAAUGACUGGAUGCUGGCCAACCUUUCCACAUUACUCUUGGUUUUUUAACUGUCACCUGGCUCGAUUUUAUCGUUCAUCCAAAGUGUUUACAAAAUGCACUUAUGCUGUUGUGUUGUAAUGACUUGUCUCUGUUUUGCUUGAUGUGAAAGAGCCUUUCUAUUGCAUCCUUUAAUGCUUUUGCUGUGCUGUUUUUGGACAUCACAGACACACACUCACAAGUAGAACUCUGCUGUUCAGCACACAAGCCUGAGGUUUCCUGAAAAGUCAAGAGUGUCCGUUAACUCCAGGAAAAGACUGUGAGGGCAGACUAAAUACUUCCUCUUUGAUUUCCGCCAUCUCUGGAAAAAAUACAAAUGCUCUCGCCAAAUUGAAUUUUUUUUUCCGUCUAAAUUAAAAAAUGUAUAAAGAUAAA